ACUCGUCCACGUGUCACAACACGAUUGAACAAGUUACCGUUGCGGUGACGAAACAACGGGUAGUUUUGCUAUAAAACCCAAGCCCACACCACGCUUUUGUUAUCCUAAUCCCAACAUAACUCUCAAUAGAAGAAAACCCUAGCUCACCGUUUCAAGAUGCAAAUCUUCGUUAAGACUCUCACCGGUAAGACCAUCACUCUCGAAGUAGAGAGCUCAGAUACCAUUGAUAAUGUGAAAGCCAAGAUUCAAGACAAGGAAGGAAUCCCACCGGACCAGCAACGUCUCAUUUUUGCUGGCAAACAGCUUGAGGAUGGUCGUACCCUUGCUGAUUACAACAUUCAAAAGGAGUCCACCCUCCACCUGGUGCUCCGUCUCCGUGGUGGAAUGCAAAUCUUUGUCAAGACCCUCACCGGAAAGACCAUCACCCUUGAGGUCGAAAGCUCUGACACUAUAGACAAUGUCAAGGCCAAGAUUCAAGACAAGGAGGGUAUCCCACCAGACCAGCAGAGGCUCAUAUUUGCCGGAAAGCAACUAGAAGAUGGCCGAACCUUGGCAGAUUAUAACAUUCAGAAAGAAUCAACUCUCCAUCUUGUCUUGCGACUCCGUGGUGGUAUGCAGAUUUUCGUCAAGACCCUUACUGGAAAAACAAUUACUUUGGAGGUGGAGAGUUCAGACACGAUUGACAAUGUCAAGGCCAAGAUACAGGACAAGGAGGGCAUUCCUCCAGACCAGCAAAGGUUGAUUUUUGCUGGAAAGCAGCUUGAGGAUGGACGUACUCUGGCUGAUUAUAACAUUCAGAAGGAGUCCACUCUUCAUCUUGUACUUCGUCUGAGGGGAGGUAUGCAGAUCUUUGUGAAGACUUUAACAGGGAAGACUAUCACUUUGGAGGUUGAAAGCUCAGAUACAAUUGAUAACGUCAAGGCAAAAAUCCAGGACAAGGAAGGAAUCCCACCAGAUCAGCAGAGGUUGAUCUUUGCUGGGAAGCAAUUGGAGGAUGGGAGGACUCUUGCUGAUUACAACAUUCAGAAAGAGUCCACCCUUCACCUGGUAUUGCGUCUUCGUGGAGGGUUUUAAGUCUGAUUAUGUUCUCAAGGUCUCGUGUUGAUUUAGUGAAUUAUGUGUCCUUUUUUUUUUUUCUCUUUUUGUUUUUUAUGUUCUUGAACUAUCCGAAAUUGUGCCGACUCGGGUCGUAGCUGUCUUUGAAUCUGUACAAUUUGCUAUCCUGUUUGUAUUUUCAGUAUCUUAGUGUUUUAAUUGGUUGUGUUUUAGUUCUGCAUACGUUAUUAUUACCUUGCUUAUAAAAUCCACUUUUUAUUUUCUUUCUAAACAAAA